UCCUUUUCUUUACGGGUGGGCUAUUCAGUAGCUGAGUUGAUAAAAGUACCGAAAUAACAUAAAGAUAUUAAUUAUUCGCUUUGAGUUGACCAUACGGCAACUUUGAUGGAAAUCUUUGAAUUUAGAGCCAUUGAGCAUUAUAUAUUUGAAACCAAUUUCAAAUUACACGAGUAAAGAUAUUCAUACACCAAUCCCUUUCAAAUUUCUUUGAACCACAUAACUUGUAAAUGCAAAAAGCGUAUUUAAUCUAAUUAGACCUCAAAAGCCUGGGCUGUCCAUCCAGACUCUGUGAAAGGUUUUAGAGAACUUAAACGUAUUUUAAAGAAACUCAGUAGAGAUAAGGUCAUUACAUGGUGUAAACGAAUUCUUUUAGCCAAUAAUUUCCCUAUUUAUUGUGGUCUUGUAUUUAAUGAUUGUUGGUCAGCUUUGUUUGAGAAAGCGAGUUUUAGAUGCUAAAUCUCAGAGCCAUCCAUAGGAUAUUGUGCGAACAAUGACGAAUUUACCUAACAGAUUUCUAGUUUGCACAGUCAGACGCUGGACAAUACAAUUGAAUAUGAGAGUCACCUUGAUUGAGGAGAAAGUUAGGUACUUGGUUCUGACUGUUAUCAAAAUUUAGAUCGUAUUGUGUCGUUGUGAAGGAACCAGAAGUACUGGCGUUAAAAAAGUAGACCGAACACACACCGAUGUGCGAACAACGUAAUGGUAACACCAGGAAAGGCGUCAUUAGCAGAAAUUGUAGUAGCUAUAGCAAAAUACGAAACGGAAGGUAUCUCAAAAUUGCUGAAAUUGUGAGAUUCUUUACAAGCUGUUGAUUGAAGGUUGUUUCGAAAAAGUAUCGUCGGGGAAUCCGCAGAAUGCUGAAGUACUUCUUCGAGUCACCGGAAAUCGCAGCGAUCUUUGCAACAAAAGAUUCGAAUAGUGAGAAAGUAGAUACGGGCAAGUGCGUCGGCUGCUCAAGGUUACGGGUUGGCAAACAAACGAGAAAACGCGAUCCAGCCGCGAAGAAGACGAUACGGAAAACGCGCGCAUAUCAACAAUCGAAUGCGAUCAUGUUCUCAGCACGCAAAGCAAGGGUGGAAGAUGCCCAGAAGAUCGCUUCGUUUAAUGAAGAAAAUGUCUAUUAUGAUUACGAUGAUGAAACAGGGACUGUUAUAGCCAAAAAGCACUCGACAGUGAUGCCUUUGAGCGUGGAACGAAAUUCAUUUAGGAACUUGAAGGAUCCUCCUGAUCAAUCGAAGCACGAUGUUGACAUAGAUGCAGAGACGUCUUUACGUGAAAUCAGCGAAGAUUUUGGUGAAGCUAAAACUAUCGAGAGCUAUUGUCCCUCUGAUUCAGCAUAUGAUACAAACCACGAUGAGUAUACGGAUUCGUUGGAACGGCUAACUAUUAAAACUGACGCUGAAAAACUGCAAGGUUCAGAGCACAGAAAAGAUAGGUCGGCUAAGAGUAAAACUUCAAAAAGCGAGUCACCUUACAAGCGUUGCAGGAGUAGUAAAGUUUGUGGACGAAAUUGUGAACUUUGUCGUGGAUUAAAUAACAAAAUACUUAAUGGCGAUCAUGAGCAAAUAAAUGAAGAGAUGUGGGAUUGUGAAAGGCAAGAAAUAAACAAGGAAUCUCGCAAACAAUUAAAAUGCAAAGUAAAUAACGUUGCAAACAGUGUUUCCAAGCAUGGUUUAUUUACGUCAAAAAGUCGAAGUGAAAAUUAUCUUACAGAGCAAAACACCAAAAAUAACGAAAAAGUUAAUGGCAUUGAAAGGGAUGUAAAUGGAAGUGAAGUUGAGGGGGGUUUUCACGAGUCAAUGAGGCAAAAAUAUAUAGAUUUAGACAAAAGACUGAAAGAUCAAGAAAAGCAAAAUCAAGGGAGUGUUUCUCCUAAUCCUAGAUCAACGACAAAGCAAGAUCACCCAAUAGAUGACUAUUAUGGGGUUGAUGAAGCCAUCUCUCCAAGGGCCCACGUUCCAUUUGCAGAACGGAAUGUAGAACUGUCAGAACAUAUGGUUGAGGUGUAUGACGAAGGGUCCUGGUAUAAUCACUUGAGUUAUCCUACGGUAAACUUAGAAUACACUGAGCAAAUAGGAUAUUAUGAUGCAUUUUCAAGUGGACCACAUUUGUUGAUGUUGUACGAUUUCAAAGCGGAGCAUGAAGAUGAUCUCAGCGUUUGCAAAGGUGAUGUAGUUCUGUUGCUAGACAACCGCGAUAGGGACUGGGUUUGGGUCAUGACGCAGAUGGAUGAAGAGGGCUAUGUCCCUAGAAGUUUGACGUCACCAUUCCAUGACUGUGAAGAAUGCAGACAAGAAGAAAUUCGCCAACAGCAAUUAGCCUUGCUUUCAAGGAAUUCAUCCAAUCACAGCACUCCCAGAUCAUCAAGAACUGGAUCACGAUCAAGUGCAACAAACCUUGAGUUGAAUUUGGUAAGUCCAAGAUCGGAUCAGAUUAGUCCAAGAUUGGAUCAGAGAAAUCCGAGCACGGAUCGAAGACAUCAAGUAUCAAACGCAACAAGCCCAAGGUCAAAUUCAUCUAAUCCCUGGCUUGACCAGAUAAGUCCUGUGGUGGAAUUGGCGUCAAUGAACCUAGAUCAAGACCGUAGAAGCAUAUCUGACGAUCAACGUAGCUCAAAUACGAGUAGUCCAAUUUUACAACGGAUCAAUACCGCAGCCAGUAGAAAUUCUUCUAAUUUCAAUCGAAAGCUAAGGACAUCUAACCGAGCCAAUGUUCACUCAAGCUCCAGUAGUUCUAUAUCUGAUGAGCAGGCUCUCUUGUUUGAUGGCAAGGUUGUAACACUGAAUUCCAUGAGUCAAAGUCGGGGCCAGGCUCCGGGAUCUGAAAUUUCACACGAUGUUCUUACUGAAAAUUACACAGUAGGAAACGCAAUUUUAGGAGAACUUCAUGAAACUAAUAAUAAACCACACAAAUCUAGUAGAGAGUCCUGUCAGGUAAAUACGAGAUUGAAAAACGCAAAUCAUAUAUUCAGUGAAACUAAUACUAAAGACUGUGAAACCAGAGCAGGGCUUAGCCCUUUGAGUCUUGGCUCGCCAAAAUUGCAACACAAAUUCAGUCAGACAUUUCCAAAGGCCAAUAAGCCAAAUUACAGGUACGACAGAACAAUCCAACAAGUAUCAGAAACGUUUUCGCCAGACGGCAUAUCACACGAGGCAGGGAGAGCACCUAAUUCAGCAAGACUCAAUUCUGGUAACACGCCUUCUUCAUUUUUAUCUUCUAACAAUUACGAGUUCCAAGGAAGUUUGGUGACUUCGAAAAAAAAUGGAAAAAUACCAUACUGCAGAGACAAUUCGCUGUCUUGGGUUUCCGAUACAGAGGAUACCGAGCUUGGUGCAAACAAAGCUUGGCGAACAAGUUUUAGCGAGUCUGCGGAACUAUACGACGAGAACAUCCCAGAUGGAAGCAUUAGAUUGAUCGCUUUAUCGAGUUUUGAAGCAAAAGAGAAAGGCCAAUUGUCGGUCACGGCAGGAGAUGUGAUAUAUGUGGACAUAAAGAUUCAGAAUAUUCCACAAUGGUUAUGGGCUUACUCGCCUAAAUCAAAAAGUUUUGGUUUCAUACCGGAAAAUAUAGUUGACCAACUAAAAUCAAGCAGUGUUUGAAGUGGCUGGAUGCAAGAAAGAACAAAAAACUUUACAAUUUCAUUAAAUAUUGUUCUUGCUAUCACAAAGCUUGAAAGAGCGUCAAAAAUCAAAUUAAAUUCCUGCUUUAUAAAUAAACUUUACCUAAAAUAUUGAAAAUCAUUAUUUUUACGGUAUUUCUGAUUAAACCUUCUGACAGACAAACAUCUUUAUCAAUGGCCAUACUUUUGGGUCAAUCAUUUUGUUCCAAAUCAAGUUACCGAGUCAUACUCUAGAGUGGUUUUCAUGAAUAAAAUAUUUCAUGAAUAAAACAUUUUUUAAAAACACUAAUAAAAAAUAAUAUAUGUUUGAAGAUGAGCUAAGAAAACAACUUUCUAGUUUUCUGUUUGAAAAUUCUGAUAAUUAAACCCAAGUUUCUCGCAAAGUUUUGUUUUUGUUCGGUAAUGUUGCGUCUGACAGAGUAUUCAUCUCCAUGCUCUCCUAGAAUUCGAUCAACAAGACGCCAGUGUUAAGGCUUAUAUAGUGUGGACACGGCUUCGGCACUAAAUUAUGUUGUUGUGUUCAGGAAGAUCCAUAGGUUGAAGUUGUUUUGUUGUUUCUUCCUAAAGCUGGAAUUUCUAUUUAUGCGAAAACUCCUUAGGCCUACCGUUUAACACGUCCAUUUUAUCAACAUGAAUUAAAACGCUAUGGUGCACGAGUACGACACCGGGAACUUCCAUGAUUAUAGGGGUAGGUACUAUCCACUCACUAAAUCUAGAUUAUAUAUUUCUUUCCAACAAAAACCUGUGAAAAAUUCUGCAACCCCAUCCCUUUCUAAAUACCCUCUUGUUUGUCUUGGAUGCCACAGCAAAGUUUUCCCUUUUUGUUUUGCUCACAAUUUGUUGUUUUGCCUAUGUAAAAACCAGCCUAUUUUUCAAAACACAGUGUUUUUUCUGACCAUUGAUCUCCCUUGCCAUCAACGACUGCAAUUAAAAAUAAAGGUAGCUAAUGCUCCUGGAAAAUUAAAGAUACAAGUACUGCUUGGUUUUAUCUUAAAUAGUCUGCUAGAAUGCUGCGAGGGUCAUGAAAAUACGACAUCUGCAGUCACCAUUUCCAAUUCAAAGUUUUGCAGUUCCACAACAGAUCAGAAACAAUAGGUAGCCAAUCAACUACUGGCUAUUUUACAGCUCUUUUACAAAUAUGGUGUCAUUUCUGAGUUCCAGAUGCUGUUUUGACUGAGUUCCAUCCGUGUUCCAAACAAAAAUUUCAUUGUUUCAAUUUAUUCACUUCUGAGGCACAAAACGUUUAUUGCUGUUGUCUUCCACAGCGUCUGGAUAAUCGUUUCAAAAUCACGACAGAGAAUAAGGAAGGAAAAGCGCAAACAAAUUAUAUCAAACUAGCAAUUUUAAGAUUUUGAAGAGACUGCGAUAAAACUUAUAAUUUCUAGGUUUCACUUUUUUAGUCUAAAUAUUACUUAUUUCAGGCAACACUAUUUUUAGCUAUAUGUUGGAAAACUGACUGAGUUCUGUGCACCAAGGAACUUACUCUGGAUCCACCUCUGGAGAUUUGAGGGAUUUAUCAAGACCCUGCAGGUAUUCCACACUUCUGCAAGCACACGCUGUUGCUAGAU